AUGUCCAAUUCCCAGCCCGCCGCCCCGUUUCCAGGCCCGGAUCCAAAAGCCGCGACGGGCGAUCUGAAUCCCGGUCGCAAGCACAAGACAACGGCCUGCCAGGAAUGUAAGAAGAAGAAGCUCAAGUGUCGGGGCGACCCGCCCUGUCAGAAUUGCGUGGCAAACAAUAUAGAGUGUCUCGUCAAUGAACUGGCCGACCAGCGCCGCAAGCUACCGCAGAAACGCAAGCUCGAGAGUCUCGAGCAGGCAAAUGAUAUCUUGACCCGUCUACUGAAGGCCAUUCGCAACAGCGAGAAUAAAAAAAUCGUCCAGCUUAUGAACCUGAUCCGCAGUAACCCGACACUGCCGGAACUGCAGGAGUACCUCACCGAGAACUUUACACGGUCGGAGAUUGAGAAGUCGCCUGAGCUGAGCAAGGUCCAGCAGCAUCUAGAGCGUGAAGCUAAUGUGGUUGAGCAGGGUGAAGCUGUGCCCAGGCCGCCCCGACGGGUGCUGGACGUUCGACGUCUUGCUGAUAACCCCGUUUAUCGCGUUCCAGCAAAGCCGUGGACCACAGUCACCGACGAUGAUGACCUCGUUUCGCACCUGAUUUCUCUGUAUUUUACGUGGACCAACCCGUUUCUAUGUUGGAUUGAUAAGGAUGUGUUUAUUGGUGAGAUGCAAAAGGGCGACCUCCGCAGCCGGUACUGCACGCCAUUCCUGGUGAAUGCGAUCCUAUCUGAGGCUAGUUACACUUCCGACUACGCGGAGGUCCACGCAGUUCCAAACGACCCAAUGUCGAAAGGCGAUCAGUUCUACGAAGAAGCGCGCCGAUGCCUCGAGGAGGAGGAAACAGAAGGCACUACGCCUAAGCCGCCCGCCACCGGCGCAGUCAGGGCUAAUUGGAGCAGGCUAGUUAUGAUGGGAAAAGACCGCCUUGGCUGGAUGUAUCUCGAUCUGGCCUGUCGCGCAGCAGAGGAAUAUGCUGCACUAAACCCAGCGCGAUCUCCUGAGGAUGAAAGUAUUCGCCUUGAGGAAAGAGUCGUGAAUAUGGCACUGUGGGGUAGCUUUAGCAUGGCAGCCACCUCUGCAGCGUCCUUAAUGAAGCAUAUCCACACUAGCCCGCCUGCACGACCCCGUCUACCGAUGAAUCACAAGGAUCCAAGUGAUGUCUGGUACCCGUACCCGCGGGGAACCGACCCGCUACCAGGUCACUACAUGUGUGUUUUUGAUCGAUGGUGCGACCUGAAUUGCAUCGCAUUCAGCAUCAGCAGGGCUUUUUAUUCAGCUGAAGAUAAAGUGCCAGCUUCAGAAACAGCCUCCUUGGUCGAUGAUGUGUACCGGCAAUUAAAAGGCUGGUAUGCUAAUUUACCCCCAUGCCUUGAAGCGGAAACAGCAGUUGUUCCGCAUAUUAUUGGCCUUCACUUCUUCUAUCAUACGACCGUGACUCACGUGUUUUGGUUUUUGCAAUUCUACCAUCUAUCCAAGGGCGAGCACGAAGAAGCCGCCUCUGCCCGCAAUACCACUCUUGAUAGCGCCCGGUGCAUUGCGAAUCUUAUCAUUCUUCACCGGCAACGCUGGGGAAUCGAACGUAUGGCCCCAUGUACAAUCCAGUGGGUCACAACAGCGCUAUACGCCCUACUAGGAGCUCUUGACUCAGCUGAGAACCGAGCUGCAUUUACCGAGCUGUGCACCACUGCCCGGGCAUUCUCGAGGCGGUACCCGUUCGCGAAAGGCGUCAUGCGAAUGCUCCAGCUCACCGCAAGGCAGAUGCAAGUGACACUACCCGAGGAUACGGAUGCUCUUUUCAGCUCCUUUGCCGCUGAGACAUGGAGCGAAAAGGACCGAGAGGGACUCAGCAGCUUUUACCCGCACUGGGGAACGGUGAUCCGGAAUGGCCCAAUACGGCAAGAAGAUGUUGUCUUGGACCGGUUCCUGCAGAAAUGGGACAAGCUCACCAUCUCAGACAGCACACAAGACACCACGCCCGAAAAACAUGAACCAGUCCCAGGAAGCUGA